GGGAGAAAAGUGAGAAGAGAAAGGUAUUAGUAGGAGAAAAGUUGAAUGCUGGGGUAGAGUGGCAUGGUAAGCAAGAAAUGAAACGCAGUGAUGCAAGGUCUACACCAACACCAACACCAACACCUCGCUGCACUCGUCUCCGCGGCUCUCCCCAAGGACGACUCCGACGACGAUCCCUCCCCUCGCCUCGCCGCGAUCCACUCCCUCCACCGCACCAUCCUCCACCCUCACAACUCCCUCCUCCUCUCCCACUCCGCCACUUUCCUCGCCCAGACCUUCUCCCAACUCCUCUCCGACAAAUGCUACGAGGUGCGCCAAGCCGCAGUCACAGCCUACGGCGCUCUCUGCGCUGUCAUCGCUUCCGUCCCCAACGGCAGACAGAACCACCUCAUGCUCGUCGACCGCUUCAUCAGCUGGGCGCUGCCGUCGCUCAACUCCGCCGUAGCCGUCGACGGCGCUAAGGAGCUCGCGCUCGAAGGCCUGCGCGAGUUCCUCAACGUCGGCGGAACCGAAAGGUACGCUCUGCCUAUUCUGAAAGCGUGCCAGGGGCUACUCGAGGACGAGAGAACCUCCCUCGCUUUGUUGCAUAGGCUUAUCGGUGUUAUUACUCUCAUUUCGUUGAAGUUUCUGAGGUGCUUUCAGCCUCAUUUCACUGACAUUGUUGACUUGCUUCUCGGCUGGGCCUUGGGGCCUGACCUAGCUCAAUCGGAUAGGCGUGUUAUUUUGGAUAGCUUUUUGCAGUUUCAGAAGCAUUGGGUUGGUAGCCUCCCCAUGUCUCUGAGGUUGCUCACUAAGUUCUUGGGGGACAUGGAGGUUUUGCUUCAUGAUGGAACUCCGGGCACGCCGCUGCAGUUUCGCCGGCUUCUUGCCAUGGUUUCUUGUUUUUCCACUAUUCUGCAGUCCACUGCCUCGGGGUUGCUGGAGAUGAACCUGCUGGAACAGAUAUGUGAGCCGCUUAGCGCCUUGCUGCCGCGGUUGCUGCGGUGUUUGUCCAUGAUUGGGCAGAAAUUUGGGUGGUCUGAGUGGAUUGAGGAUUCUUGGAAGUGUUUGACUCUUUUGGCUGAGAUAUUGCGGGAGCGAUUUUCGAGUUUUUAUCCUCUUGCUGUUGAUAUCCUGUUUCAGAGCUUGGAGUUUGGAGCAACUGCGCAUAAGGCAGGGUUUAGGAGGAUUAGCUCUUUCCAGGUUCAUGGGGUUUUGAAGACUAAUCUCCAGUUAUUGUCGUUGCAAAAGCUUGGCCUCCUUCCGACGUCUGUGAAGAAGUUAUUGAAGUUCGACGCCUCGAUUUCUCGGCUGAGAUUGCAUCCCAAUCAUUUGGUAACGGGGAGUUCUGCGGCUACUUAUGUUUUCUUGCUUCAGCAUGGGAAUACAGAAGUUGUCGACGAAGCGGUUGCCUUGUUGAUUGAUGAAUUAAAGCUGUUGAAGAGUGUAAUUGGAAACAAAACUGGUCAUUCUGAUGAGUUGAAUUGUGUCAUAGAUACUAAAGCAUUCUCAAAACCUGAAUUAUUGGCAUUAAUCAAGUUUGAUUUGAAAGUUCUAUUAGCAUGUGUUUCCAUGGGUGGGGAUAACACUUUGACUGGACAAAAGGAUGUUGCUUUGUUGUAUCUUAGGAGGUCGGAAAAGUUGGUGUCCUUUAUCACAAUCGAUAUGAAUCCUUUUGAAUUACCCAUUCAGGCUUUCGUGGAGUUGCAGAUUACUGUUGUCAAGGCAUUGGAGAGGCUAAAUUCAGUUGAUUUCUUAAUUAAGUGUUCUGAAAGAGAACAGAAUUGUGACAAAGCUUUUGUUGAGCUCCCAACUAAAAAAGAGGACAGUGAUGAUCAAUUCAAUAAUGGGUUUUCAGCUGUGAUUACUGAGCAUUUGGAGAAGUAUAGCAAGCUCCUUAUAAAAGCCUUUCAUGUUUCUUCUCCUCUGGCAAUUAAAUUAGUCUUGCUAGAUUGGGGACAAAAGUUCUGUGAGAAUGUAAUGGCCGUUAAUAAGAUCUCAAGCAUAGGAGGUUUCCCCUAUGAAGCAUGUGAGUAUGCUGGUGUGAUCAUGAACUUAGUUUUUUCACUUUUAGGUGGUACAUUUGAGAGGGAACCAGAAGUAAGGUCACAUGUUGCAGUAACUUUGGAGAUGUUUAUGCAAGCAAAACUUUUGCAUCCUGUGUGUUUUUAUCCUGUUACGGGAGUGAUACUUGAGAAACUUGGGGAUCCAACUUUAGAGAUACGGGAUGCAUAUGUGAGACUACUUGCCCAUAUUUUGCCUACUACUAUAUAUACAUGUGGUCUCUAUGAUUAUGGGAGAUUUAGGCUUGUUGAUCCUGGUUUAGGCAGCAGUUCUAAGAUGCAUUGGAAACAAUUAUUUUCCCUGAAGCAGUUGCCACUGCAACUGCACUCACAACAUCUUGUAUCAAUCUUAAGCUACAUUUCACAAAGAUGGAAGGUUCCUCUUUCUUCUUGGAUCCAGAGGCUCAUUCAUAGUUGCCAGAGUUCAAAGGACACUAUUUUAAGUCUGUCUGACGAAACAGGAAAUUUUGGUGCUAAUUCUCCAUGGUUGGAUGUACAAGUGGAUGAAGACAUACUCGAAAAAAUCUGUUCUGUCAAUAAUUUAGCUGGUGCCUGGUGGGCUGUACAAGAAGCAGCCCGGUACUGUAUUGCUACAAGACUGCGGACUAACCUUGGUGGCCCUACCCAAACAUUUGCUGCUCUAGAACGCAUGCUUUUGGACAUUGCACACCUUCUGCAACUUGAUAAUGAGCAAAGUGAUGGGAACUUGAGUAUGAUAGGGUCUUCUGGUGCUCACCUGCUACCAAUGAGAUUACUGUUGGAUUUUGUUGAGGCUCUAAAGAAAAAUGUAUAUAACGCAUAUGAGGGGUCUGUCAUUUUACCACCGGCUACCCGUCAGAGUACUUUAUUUUUUCGAGCAAACAAAAAAGUAUGUGAGGAUUGGUUUUCUCGUAUAUGUGAGCCAAUGAUGAAUGCUGGAUUGGCUGUACAUUGCAAUGAUGCUGUUAUUCAAUAUUGUACACUGCGUUUGCAGGAGCUCAAGAAUCUUUCUGUGUCAGCUUUGAAGGAAAAAUCUAGGGCUCAGGCAACUGAUAACCUCCACAAUAUCAGAGGAAGGUAUAAAGGAGAUGUCUUAAAAGUUUUAAGACAUAUUUCACUAGCUCUUUGUAAGAGUUCUGAUCCAGAUUCUUUGAUUGGCCUACAAAAAUGGGUUUCAAUUACCUUCUCCUCCUUACUUGGGGAGGAAAACGAGUCCUUCAGCGAGUGUGGAACUGUUGGACCCCUUUCGUGGAUAAGUGGGCUCAUAUAUCAAGCAAGAGGUGAGUACGAAAAUGCUGCGGCUCACUUUACUCACUUGCUACAGACUGAAGAGUCACUCAGUUCCCUGGGCUCUGAUGGUAUACAGUUUGUCAUAGCACGCAUAAUUGAGAGUUAUGCAGCAGUAUCUGAUUGGAGAUCUCUUGAAGCCUGGCUAUUAGAGUUGCAACUGCUUCGCGCUAAACAAGCUGGUAGAAGUUAUUCUGGUGCUCUGACAAUGGCUGGCAAUGAAGUUAAUGCAAUUCAUGCAUUAGCACGUUUUGAUGAGGGUGAUUAUCAGGCUGCAUGGUCAAGCCUUGAUUUGACACCUAAAAGCAACAGUGAGCUUACCCUUGAUCCAAAAAUAGCCUUGCAACGGAGUGAGCAGAUGCUUCUGCAAUCAUUGCUCUUCCAGAAGGAGGAAAAGAAUGAUAAGGUGCUGCAUGAUCUGCAGAAAGCAAGGUCAAUGUUGGAGGAACCACUUUCUAUUCUACCACUUGAUGGUUUAGCUGAAGCAACGCCUCUUGCUAUUCAAUUGCACUGCAUUUUCCUUGUAGAAGAGAAUUACAAGCUUAAAGCAAUUCAUGAGACAGCCAAACAACUACCGUCCAUACAAAAUUCUUUUAUGUCACUGCCAUCUUCUAUUAGUAAAAUCCGUCAAGAUUGUAAUCCAUGGCUAAAAGUCCUUCGGGUUUAUCAAACCAUUUCCCCAACUUCUCCUGUUACUCUUAAAUUCUGCAUGAAUUUGCAUAAUUUAGCUCGCAAGCAAAAUAAUCUUUUGUUGGCAAAUCGUCUGAACAACUAUAUCAAAGAUCAUGUAUCUGCUUGCCUCGAGGAGAGACAUCGCAAUCUUUUGGUCUUAAAUUUGCAGUAUGAGAGCAUUUUACUACAGUAUGCUGAAAACAAGUUUGAAGAUGCUUUCACUAAUCUUUGGUCAUUUUUGCGUCCUUGCAUGGUUUCUUUAACAUCUAGAAUAUUUGAUGCUGAAGAGAGGAUUCUGAAGGCCAAAGCAUGCUUGAAACUCGCAGAUUGGCUGACACGGGAUUAUUCAGACUGGAGUCCAGAGAGUAUUGUUCUCAAGAUGCCAUCAGAUUUUGAUAUGGUUGAAUCAGCUACACUUGGAAAAGAUGGCAAUGAAGAAAAUAUAGGUUGUAAAUUGAAUUUGGGUUCUAUAACUGAGGAAAUUGUUGGUACAGCAACAAAAUUGUCUUCUCGUAUUUGCCCCACCAUGGGCAAGUCAUGGAUUUCUUAUGCUUCUUGGUGCUUUAAACAAGCUAGAGACUCGCUCUUUGUUCAGAGUGAAACUGUCCUCCAUUCAUGCUCAUUUUCUUCCAUGCUUGUUCCAGAAAUUUCGCCUGAGAGAUUCAAGUUGACAAAGGACGAGGUGCAAAGAAUUAAGUCAUUGGUUUUGUGUCUUUUUCAGGACAAUAUUGAUAUGAAAGAUUUCAUAGAUGAGCAGGAAGAGAGAAGCUCUUGGCUUGAUUCUGCAGGGAACUCAAUUAAUGACAAUCCUCUGCAGACAUUGGUUUGGCAUAUAGUGAAUAUUAUUGAAACUGCUGCAGGGGCACCGGGUGCAGAAAACUCUGGAGGUGAAUGUCUUUCAGCCAUGGUUUCUUCUCGAUUGAGACUUUGUCUGUUAAACACAAAUUUUGGGCUGGGAGAAUCUGACAUAAUAUCUGCAAUGGAUGGUUUUGUUGAUAUUUGGUGGUCUUUGAGGAGGAGAAGAGUGUCCCUGUUUGGACAUGCUGCUCAUGACAGAUGCCUGGUUCUGAAUAUGAGGCCUUGAAGCAAAACUGGUAGCUACACCCUGAGAGCUACAUUGUAUAUAUUGCAUAUACUUCUCAAUUAUGGUGUUGAAUUGAAAGAUACUCUUGAAUCUUCUCUUUUGGUUGUUCCUUUGUUGCCAUGGCAGGAAGUUACGCCUCAAUUGUUUGCACAUAUAAGUUCUCAUCCUGAACAAGUGAUUCGGAAGCAGUUGGAGGGCUUACUGAUCAUGCUGGCCAAGCAAUCUCCCUGUUCUAUAGUGUAUCCAACGCUAGUUGAUGUUAAUGCUUAUGAAGAGAAACCUUCAGAAGAGCUUCAUCAUGUGUUGGGUUGUCUGAGAGAACUUUACCCUGGAUUGGUUCUGGAUGUUCAGCUGAUGAUAAAUGAACUUGGAAAUGUUACUGUUCUCUGGGAGGAAUUAUGGCUCAGUACUCUUCAGGAUCUUCACACAGAUGUGAUGAGGCGAAUAAAUGUGCUGAAAGAAGAGGCUGCAAGAAUUGCAGAGAAUGUCACACUUAGUCAGAAUGAGAAGAACAAGAUAAAUUCAGCUCGAUAUUCUGCAAUGAUGGCUCCAAUAGUUGUGGCUUUGGAACGUCGUUUAGCUUCAACAUCUCGAAAACCUGAGACUCCUCAUGAAGCUUGGUUCCAGGAAGAGUAUAAUGACCAACUGAAAUCAGCUAUAUUAUCCUUCAAGAUUCCUCCAGCAUCUUCUGCAGCUCUUGGUGAUGUAUGGCGACCUUUUGAUAGUAUUGCUGCAUCAUUGGCCUCUUAUCAGAGGAAGUCUUCAGUUUCCUUGCGAGAAGUUGCACCGCAUUUAGCUUUGUUAUCAUCUUCAGAUGUUCCAAUGCCAGGUCUUGAGAAACAAAUGAAAGUACCUGAUUCUGACAAAUCAUCUGAUCUCCAGGGGGUUGUCACAAUUGCUUCUUUCCAUGAACAAGUUGCUAUCUUAUCUACAAAGACAAAGCCUAAGAAGCUAGGCAUACUUGGUUCAGAUGGUCAGAAGUACACAUAUCUCCUCAAAGGACGAGAAGAUUUGCGCCUUGAUGCUAGAAUCAUGCAAUUACUGCAGGCUAUAAAUGGUUUUCUGCAUUCUUCUUCUUCUGCAUGUAGCAACUCUCUCAGCAUUCGCUAUUAUUCUGUGACUCCAAUCAGUGGUCGGGCCGGACUAAUCCAGUGGGUGGACAAUGUAGUAAGUAUUUACAGCGUAUUUAAAUCUUGGCAAACCCGUGUCCAACUAGCACAGUUUUUGGCAUUGGGCACUGCAAAUACAAAAUCCUCUGCUCCUCCACCUGUUCCCCGACCCAGUGAUAUGUUUUAUGGGAAGAUCAUACCUGCACUUAAGGAGAAAGGCAUUAAGAGAGUGAUUUCCCGAAGGGAUUGGCCUCAUGAAGUCAAAUGUAAAGUUCUUCUUGAUCUCAUGAAGGAGGUGCCUAGAAAUCUUCUUUACCAGGAACUAUGGUGCGCUAGUGAGGGAUAUAAAGCUUUCAGUUCAAAAUUGAAGAGGUAUUCUGGAAGUGUUGCUGCAAUGAGUAUGGUUGGUCAUGUUUUGGGACUGGGCGAUAGACAUUUAGACAACAUUCUUAUAGAUUUUUGUAAUGGGGAUAUUGUACACAUUGAUUACAAUGUGUGUUUUGACAAGGGACAGAGACUAAAAGUUCCAGAGAUUGUUCCUUUUCGUCUGACCCAAAUGAUUGAAGCAGCUUUGGGGCUGACUGGAAUAGAAGGUAGCUUCAGAUCAAACUGUGAGACAGUUAUCGGUGUUCUAAGGAAAAAUAAGGACAUACUUUUGAUGUUAUUGGAAGUAUUUGUUUGGGAUCCACUCGUGGAGUGGACACGUGGUGAUUUUCUUGAUGAAGCUGCAAUUGGCGGUGAAGAAAGAAAAGGCAUGGAGUUGGCUGUUAGCUUGAGUUUAUUUGCAUCUCGAGUACAGGAAAUUCGUGUUCCCUUACAGGAACACCAUGAUCAAUUAUUGACUAGCCUGCCAGCUGUUGAAUCAGUACUUGAGAGGUUUGCUGACGUUCUAAACCAAUAUGAACUUGCCUCUAGUCUAUAUUGCCGAGUUGACCAGGAGAGGUCUAGCCUUAUAAUGCACGAGACAUCUGCAAAGUCGAUUGUUGCUGAAGCAACCAGUAAUUUAGAGAAAAUUCGAGCUUCUUUUGAAAUUCAGGCUCGGGAAUUUGCCCAGGCAAAGGCUGUGGUUGCUGAGAAAGCUCAGGAGGCAAUGACUUGGGCCGAGCAGCAUGGAAGGAUUCUUGAUGCUUUACGGUGCAACUUAAUUCCAGAAAUAAAUGCUUCUUUUAAGCUGAAUAACAUGGAAGCAGCCUUAUCUCUUACAUCUGCUGUCAUUGUAGCAGGGGUUCCCCUAACUGUUGUUCCCGAGCCAACACAAGCACAAUGCCAUGAUAUAGAUAGGGAAGUUUCUCAAUUCAUUGCUGAGUUGGAUGAUGGACUAACUUCUGCCGCAACUUCUUUGCAAGCAUACUCCUUGGCUCUGCAAAGAAUUCUACCAUUAAAUUACCUUUCAACCAGUGCAGUCCAUAACUGGGCACAAGUUCUACAAUUAUCUAUCAAUGCCAUGUCCUCAGAUAUUCUCUCUCUUGCCAGAAGGCAGGCUUCUGAACUUAUUGCAAAAUUUCAUAUAGAUAGCAUUGAUUCUAUCAAAUGCAGUCAUGAUGAUCUUUGUUUCAGAGUGGAGAAGUAUGCAGUAGAAAUAGAAAAAUUAGAAAAAGAGUGUGCUGAAAUAGAGAGUUCUAUUGGCUCCGAAUCAGAAUCGAAAACUAAGGACCGCCUUUUGUGUUCUUUCAUGAAAUUCAUGCAGUCCAUUGGUCUUUUAAGAAAGGAAGAUGGAAUAUAUUCUGUUCAAUCUAAAUAUGAAGGAAUGAACAAUGCUAGACCUUUAGGUGAGCUAGAAGAGGAGAGGGAGAAGGCACUAUUGAUUAUGAAUAUUUCUGUAAGUUCACUUUAUAAUGAGGUUAAGCAUAGAAUACAAAAUAUAUAUAAUGAUAUUUCAGGAGGAAGAAAUCAGUACAAUAUGUUGCAGAAUGAUUCUGGAACUAUUUUUGCUGGGUUUGAAGAACAAGUUGAAAAAUGUAAUCUUGUGACAGAGUUUGUUAAUGAUCUAUGCCAAUUAAUUGUAAAGGACAUCCCUUCUGUUGAUAUUAACAAAAUUCGUUCAAAGUUUUCUGCUGAAAGUAAUUGGGUUUCCAUUUUCAAAACUAUUUUGAUUUCCUGUAAGGGAUUGGUUAGUCAAAUGACAGAAGUUGUUCUGCCAAAUGUAAUACGAUCUGCGGUUUCAUUAAAUUCGGAGGUUAUGGAUGCAUUUGGAUUGAUCUCACAAGUUAGAGGGUCUAUAGAAACUGCACUGGAGCAGCUUGUGGAGGUUGAAAUGGAGAGAGCAUCGCUGAUUGAACUCGAACAGAAUUAUUUUGUUAAGGUUGGUCAUAUUACUGAGCAGCAGCUGGCUCUUGAAGAAGCUGCAGUUAAGGGAAGAGAUCAUCUUUCGUGGGAAGAGGCAGAGGAACUUGCAUCCCAAGAGGAAGCUUGUAGAGCACAACUGGACCAACUUCAUCAAACAUGGAAUCAGAGGGAUGUAAGGGCUUCUUCUCUUAUAAAGAGAGAAGCUGACAUUAAAAAUGCCCUGGUUUCUGUGAAUUGUCAAUUUCAAUCUCUAGUGGGUGUGGAAGAAGAAAGGGAUUUACAUGUUUUGAGAAGCAAAGCACUAUUGGCUUCCCUUGUUAAGCCUUUCUUGGAACUGGAAUCCGUUGAUAUGAAGCUGUCUUCAGCUGAUGGUUCAGUUUUGACACCCUCAAGUAAAUUUCAUACUCUAGCAGACUUGAUAAAUUCUGGGAAUUCUAUAUCUGAGUAUGUCUGGAAAGUUGGAGAUCUAUUGGAUAACCAUUCAUUCUUUAUUUGGAAAAUAGGUGUCAUAGAUUCUUUUCUUGAUGCAUGCAUACAUGAUGUAGCUUCGUCAGUUGAACAAAAUCUUGGCUUUGACCAAUCACUUAAUUUUAUGAAGAAAAAGCUUGAAAUCCAACUUCAGAAACACAUUGGUCACUAUUUGAAAGAAAGAGUUGCUCCUAGUUUAAUGACUUGUUUAGAUAAAGAAAAUGAGCACUUGAAGCUACUUACAGAGUCAUCAAAGGAACUUGCUUUAGACCAGGUGAAAAAGGAUGGGGCUGUGAAAAAGGUUUUACUUAUGCUUGAAGAAUAUUGCAAUGCUCAUGAAACUGCUAGAGCAGCAAAAUCAGCUGCUUCUCUCAUGAAAAAGCAAGUGAAUGAGUUGAAAGAAGCUCUUCGAAAGACUGCCCUUGAGGUAGUUCAGAUGGAAUGGAUGCAUGAUGUUAGUUUGAACCCAACAUAUAACAGAAGAAUUAGAUUUGAGAAGUAUCUUGAUACUGCUGACAGCUUGUAUACAAUCAUAUUAAACCUCAGCAGAUCUAAAUUACUGGACAAUAUACAAUCUGCUGUGUCAAAAAUUACAACAUCAAUGGAUUGUCUUCAGUCUUGUGAACGAAAUUCUCUUUUAGCUGAAGGACAGCUUGAGAGAGCAAUGGCUUGGGCUUGUGGGGGUCCCAAUUCCGGUAGUUCUGGAAAUACUGCAACUAAAAAUUCAGGAAUUCCUCUUGAGUUCCAUGAACAUAUUAAGACUCGGAGACAGAUUUUAUGGGAAUCUAGAGAAAAGGCAUCUGACAUUGUGAAGCUAUGUGUGUCAGUGUUAGAGUUUGAAGCAUCAAGAGAUGGAUAUUUGCUUAUACCAGGUCAACCAUAUCCCUUCAGGAGUAGUGUUGAUGGCAAGACAUGGCAGCAAGUAUACUUGAAUGCUCUAGCAAGAUUGGAUGUUACUUUCCAUUCUUAUACACGUACUGAACAAGAGUGGAAGCUUGCACAAUGCACUGUUGAAGCUGCUUCUAAUGGAUUAUAUAGUGCAACCAAUGAGCUCUGCAUUGCCUCUCUAAAAGCAAAGUCAGCUUCAGGUGAUUUACAAAGCACGGUUCUUUCAAUGAGGGAUUGUGCAUAUGAGGCUAGUGUUGCACUAUCUGCUUUUGCUCGGGUUUCAAGGAUCCAUACUGCUCUAACUUCUGAAAGUGGUUCUAUGCUUGAAGAGGUUCUAGCAAUAACUGAAGAUAUACAUGAUGUUUACAAUCUGGGGAAAGAGGCAUCUGCUAUCCACCUUUCUCUUAUGGAAGGACUUUCAAAGGCAAAUGCCAUCCUUCUUCCACUCGAAUCGAUGUUGUCUAAGGAUGUAGCUGCUAUAGCUGAGGCUAUAGCUAGGGAAAGUGAGACCAAGAAGGAAAUAUCACACAUCCAUGGACAAGCUAUUUAUCAGUCAUAUAAUUUAAGAACCAGGGAGGCUUGUCAGACCUUUAAGCCCUUGAUAUCCUCUUUGACAUCAGCUGUGAAGGGACUUUAUUCAUUGUUGACUAGGCUAGCAAGAACUGCUAAUGUCCAUGCCGGCAAUCUGCACAAAGCACUUGAAGGAAUAGGAGAAAGUCAGGAAGUAAAAUCAGAGGAUAUUACUUUGUCAAGAUCAGAUGCUGGUGGUGGAGGUGGUGAUGCUGUUGAAUUUGAUGGUAAAGAAGAGGAGAGUCUCCCUAUAUCUGAAGAUGAUAAGACCGAUGAUUUUAUUAUCAGCUUUUCUCGACUUUCUAUGGAAGACAAAGGAUGGCUAUCACCACCAGAUAGCAUCUACUGUAGUAGCUCGGGAUCUGACAUCACAUCAGCUGAAGUUAGUCUUCCUGAUAGCUUGAAUGGUUCAGCAGGAAAUAAAGACCUGCUUUCACAGGGGUCUAGUAGCAGAAACCCGACAGGUCAUAUGCAUACCACACUAUUGUCUCAAACUGGUGUGGAAGAAAUAUCACCUUUUGAGUUGUCAGAAUCUUUUCCGGUGGAAAUUGAUCCUAAUGGUGCUGGUUCUGUGAAGUCAAUUAAUGAGACCACUGAACAUCCUGAAUCUAUAGCUUUACCUGGUGAUAAAUCUGUUGCCAUCCCUGCCAACUCCCAGAAUCCAUCGAAUGAGAAAUUUGACAAAUUUGAUGAUGAUGAUGAACUGCUUUCUGCAAAAAAAGUUAAAAAUGCUGCUGAACAUUAUGAAGCUCCUGAUCCGAACAUCAAUGCCAAUACUCGUGUGGGAAGGGGUAAAAAUGCUUAUGCCUUGUCAGUAUUGAGGCGGGUAGAGAUGAAAAUUGAUGGUCGAGAUAUCUCUGAAAGCAGAGAAAUUGGUAUUGCAGAGCAAGUAGACCAUCUACUAAAGCAAGCUACUAGUGUUGAUAAUCUAUGCAACAUGUACGAAGGUUGGACACCAUGGAUUUGAGGUUUCAAAUGGUUCCUCAGACUUGAGCAUCUUAAGUUCCAUUCCCAAUAUUAUGCAAGAAUUGGUUUCGAGCAUUGUUGGGUUGACUAUGGUGAGAAAUAGGUCCUUUGGCCUGAUAUUAUUUCCUGGUGAUGAAGGAAGCCGCCAGAAGAAUGUUUGUGCAUGUCCUAUUAGUCUGGCCAUAUCUUGAAGUCUAUCAUUGAUCACAAUCACCGAUCUAUCCAGGGCCAAGCUAUUCAGCUUCUGCCAUCCCUUUAAUUUCAGCAUUUGUCCCGGCAGAGUUACUAUUUUUCACCUUCCGUGUGGGCUUGCAUUCGUCAUUCCAUGAUAUCCGACAGUGAAGUCCUAGGCUCACAGCUGGUCUCGUGGGAGAGAUGAAAAAGGAUUAUCAUGCCUUCCCUCCUGGUUUAAACAGUGCAGUGUUUUUUUUAAGACCUGCUACUUGCAUUGUCAUAUCGAUUGAAGAGUAUGUUUUGGAUCCUCAGUUCUUGAAAAAGAAAGAAUGUCGUAUGCUAACAACCAGGCAGUGGAAUAUCUAAUGUUGUGUCUGGCUAGAGCAUCAUACUUCUGCAAAACUGAAGUCCAGCAUGAAUUGUACAUAUCCAUGUAUCAUUUUUCUGUUGAUAGGUCAAACAAUUAUUGCUGGCUUAUUCAUCAUGUUACUUGUAAUUGGACGUAUUGAAUCCAGCUAAUUGAUUCUUUAAUCCAUUUACCGUCUUACUGCUUUUUGAUUCGUUUCCUUUCAUUUUAGAUUGGAAAUACCUUACGAAACUUUGUACACGGAUCCUAAAGUUGUCCACAUAUGCGACACUUGUAACAGUUAGACCUAAUUGUACCCUUUAUUUUCCUCUUCU